AUGGUCCGCUUAAAACAACGCUACCUUCUCCUCGACAUCCUUUACCCCGAUCCCUCCUCAUGGCCUAAAUCAAUCCCCGACGACGCAAAUCCGGAAGCAAACAACCACCUCCGCAUCCACUCCCCAACAGCAGAUACAUUAUCCCCCGGCCUCCUGGCAAAGUUAAUCCGCGAACAAGUCUCAGAGCUUUUCGGUGAUUGGGGAGUCGGUAGACUUGGUGGUUCUAAUGCCGGUGGUGUUAGCGUGAAGUAUUUAUCCCCCGCAACAUCAACAGCCAUAAUCCGCUGCCCGCGCGCAUCCUACCGCCUCGUCUGGACGGCUAUCACACAUCUCUCGCAUGUCCCCGAAUACACACCCGGCUCUGGCUACGCCGGGAAACGCGCCGGCGCGAUGAAUAGACCGUGCGUGUUUCGCGUGAUUAGGGUCUCCGGGACGAUGAGAAAGGCGGAGGAGGAGGCGAUUAGACGAGGGAGGAGGGAGGUUGCGAGGGUUAGGGGGGUUAAGGAGGGAGUUGUGCUGGGUGGUUUGUUUGGGGCUGGGGUUGAGGAUGUUGAUAUGGAUGAUGAUGAUAAUGGAGAUGAUUCGGAUUGA